AUGAACGGCGAAGACCCCGCGGAACGGCCCGACUACAUCACCGCCGUGAUCAAUGGCCUCGAGCGCUACAACCCCGAGGCCGUCAGCACCCUCGAGACCUACCUCCAGGAGCAGUGCGAGCAGAAGUUUAGCGACUGCAAUGCGAACCGGACGCUGUUGAAGCUCUACCAGCUCAACCCCGACCGCAUGAAGGACGAAGUCGUCACCAACAUCCUCGUCAAGGCCAUGACCAACUUCCCCUCGUCCCAGUUCACCCUCGCCCUGCACCUCAUCAACCCGUCCGCCGCCUCCUCCGGCGAGCUCCACGAGGCAAUCACCAAGCUGCGCUCCCUCAACUCCCAGCUCCAGGGCGCCCAGUACGCCGACUUCUGGGCCGACCUCGACGGCGACGACCUCUGCGCCGACCUCAUCGCCGACAUCUCCGGCUUCGAGGACCUCGUCCGCGAGCGCAUCGCCUCGCUCGUCGCCCAGGCCUUCCGCGAGAUCCAGCUCACCCACCUCGUCUCCUGGCUGGGCGUCAACGAGGACAAGACGCGCAAGUUCAUCACCGAGGUUGCCGGCUGGACGAUUGACGACGACGGCAUCGUCAAGAUCCCCUCGAACCCGGAUAACGAGGCCAAGAAGUCGGAGAUUCGCGAGGAUGUCAACGUCGACCAGUUUGCGCGAGUGAUUCGACGGGCGUGGGAGGAGACUGUAUAA